GAAACAACUGUUGUAAAGAAAACGCUGGGUGUAAACAAAACAGAGGAAGAAAGUUUUACUUUUGAUUAAGCUUAUCAAUAAAUCGUUGAAAACGUUAAAAAAUUUUAAGAAGGCGUUACGCGUUUAACGUCAACGUUAGUAAGAAGACGUAAACACAAGUCGGUAACUUGGUGAAAAGUCAAAUCACAAAUAAGAUAAAAAUUGAUAAUAAGAAGAAAUUGCAAAAAGGCGUAUACAUAACAUAACGUUUAAGCAGGUGUAUAGAAUUUGAUAAUGCAUAUAACGAAAUAUGGGAUUUACGAAAAAGUUGAUAACGCAUAAAACGCAAUAUCGCGUGUAACGAGAUUACAAUUAUUAACUCAUUAAUAUUAACUCAAACUUGGUGGAUAUAAGAAAUUUUAAAGAAAAUUGGAAAUAACAUUGAAAAGACGUUAGAAAGAUACUUUACACAAAUCUUAUGCUUUCGUUGGAACUUUAAUGGAUUUAAUUAAGAAUGAACGAAACAAUGCAUUCACUAUCAGAAGGCGAAAAGUACUUUAAUUCAGUAUUUUUAACAUUUGCUGCAUUUGUAGCUAUUCUCGGAAAUACUGUAGCUCUGCAUGCAUUUUUUGUAUCGCCCCAACUUAAGAAAAUGACUUAUUACUUUAUAGCAAGUCUCUGCUUUUCAGAUCUGAUGGUGGCUAUUAUUAGCAUUCCUAUAUGGGUUGUAGAUACUCAGUCAGGUUGGAAGUAUACUAUAAAAUAUGGAAAUUUAAAACUUUUCCACAGUUUUUUGGACAUCUUUUGUAGCACGUGGUCUAUAAUGAGUUUAGCAAUGAUUAGCAUAGAAAGAUUUGUUUGCAUUAACUAUUGCUUACGAUACCAUAGUAUCAUGACCCCAAGAAGAGGAAUAUUUAUGAUUUUAUUGACUUUGGUCUACAGUCUUGUUGCUGCUGGUAUAAACUACCUUAGUUUAGAUUUAUUUGAUAACAAAAAAUGGUUUGUAAUCUUGCAGUGGGUAAUUAUCUUUAUGUCGUAUUUAUUACCAGUAUUUAUAAAAUUAUUUACUUACACCAAGAUUUACAUCGAAGCGAAAAGACAAAGUUCUCUAAUUAAAGAGCAAUACAGUACUAUCAGCAGUAAUAAAACAAAAAGCAAUGAAGAGCUUGAGAGUAUUGAUAUUGAUAACAUGCACUUCAAUAAAAACAAAAGAGCGUCAUUUGGUAGUCGAGCUUCAUGGAGUGUUUUAUCAACAGCAGGUCUUAAAUUUUUAAGAAAAAAAGAAAAAGCUUAUAACGCCUCUAUUAAACGAGAAAGAAACUAUAAUGCUUUGCUUAGCCACGAAAAUUCAUCAGAUGAAGCUGAUUUUGAUGAUUUUUGUUCAAUUAAAAAACUUUUUAAAAAACGAAGUAAACCAAUAAAUAAAUACGAUGUUAAUCAAAACGGCGUUCACCAAUAUGAACUUGAAAGUUCAAUAUCUAACUCUUCUGGUUUAAACACUUUGAACAGUAAUAACUCGAACAACUUAAGAGAAAAAAUGAUGCUUAGUAUUCCAGAGGAAAUGCUCGAUACUAUUACCUAUCCUGAUUUGAUUAACACACCUGAACCCACUACUCCCGAGUUAACCAAUCAGCACGAGGAAACACUUGAAAAUCGUAUUUAUUGCGAAAUUAGUACAAGAGAUCGUGCUGCAUCUUUUCCUAUCAAAUUCAUAAAAAGAUCCGGACAAUGUUUAGAACCCGACGAUAAUACUUCAUAUAUUUCAAAGACAAAUUCAACAAUUCUUUUUAAUAAAAUGAGAUAUUCCAUGAGAUCAAGUCCAGCCAACAGUCCACUAAUGUCCAGUCCUAUAAUGCGCCAAGAAAAUUCUACUAAAAUUAAACGAGAAAAAAAAAUCAGAGAGUUCAAAAGAGAAAUGCGUGCAACAAAGGUUAUUGGUUUGAUAAUGGGUACAUUCCUUUUUUGUUGGACACCAUUUAUGGCUGUUAUAAUUCUUUCAACAAUAGCACCCAGAAGUUCAUAUUUAGCGUCUUAUAUUAUGUUUACUAAGGAUUUACAUUAUCUAAACUGCGCGAUAAAUCCUAUACUUUACGUAGUUCUUAAUCGUGUUUACAGAAGCGCAGUUCUCAAAACAUUUAAGCAAAUUAAGUUAAAACUCUUUUGUUUGAGUAAAACUUUUUGAUUGUGUUAAUUAAUUUCGCUGAAAAUUAUAUUAAUUUAUCAAGCUGAAAACUAUGUUAGUAUAUAUUACAUAACAUUCAAGUUUAAUUUGUUUUUUAAUAAAAAAAAGCAAAUUUGAUCUUUUUUAAAGAAAGGACUAAUAUUAUAAAUUUAAAAAUGUUUUGUAUAUUUUAUAUAUUUAUUUUGAAACAUUGUAAUUUUUAUGCACAACUAAACUAAAGCAACUGACCCUUAUAAAACAUGUUACAACAUCUGAGUAGUUUCCAUGUUCUGUGGAUGUAAAUUCCUACACUACCAAUGCCUACAUAUAUGUAAAUACCUACACUACCAAUACCUACAUAUGUGGUGUAGGUAUUGGUGAUGGUGUUAGUUAGAUAAAAUUAAAAAAAAAAAAUUAGUAUUUUUUGUCAACUUUUGUCACUACUAUGAAUUUGAGAUUGGUGAUAAUCAAGGAAAAACUAAUAAUAGCGAUGACUUACAUUUUAUAUGACUUUGAUUAGAUAUUGGAUGUACUUAUAUUGCAGGUUAAACAAAAAAAAAUCCUUGUAUUACUAUUUGGUUAGGCAAAGUAAAAACUUGGAGAAUAUUGAAGAGACAGCAGCAAUGCUUUUUUAGUGUAA